AUGUCCACCACGAGAGGUGGAGAUCAGGGCCCUGAAGGGCAGCAAUGCCCAGCAGGCAUGGCCGGGGUGCAGGCCGGACUGUCCAGAGCCCGUGAAGGUGUGGACUGCAACUCCGGGCCUCGCAGGGGUGACGCCGUGCCUGAGGCUGGGGCAGGCGGAAUCCCUGAGGCCUCAGGAGGCCCAAGGGAGGCAGCCCUGGAGGGUGGGAGCGCCGAGGAGGGGGAGGAGGAGCAGGCAGGGGGCCGAGACCUCAUGGCGGACACACACCACUUCCCCAUGGCUGGCUUCCGCCUAACGUUGCUGGACCUGGUACGCUCGGUGCUGAGCCGCAUCUACUACAAUGACUACAUCCUCGUCUGGCCCCACAACGGCCACAUGUCGGUCCAGCACCGGGCCCAGCAGCACUCGUCCGAUCAAGGCUCGGCCGCAGUGGCCGAGUUCUCCGAGCUCCGGGUGUCGUCGGAUGGACCGGGGGAGGGGCCGGCGGGGAAGGCUCCAGCCCAGGAGGUGGAGGAGGCGGAGGAAGCCGAGGAAGCCUCUUUAUGGGAGACAGCUGCCGAAGAGUCCGAGGAGUCCAGCUUGUGGGAAGUGGCGCAGGAGCCAGCUGCCCCUGAGGAGAUAGGUAAGCACCAGGAUGAGAACUCCAAAAAAGAGAUCCAAGGCACUGAAUGUGAGGUGAAAGAAGAGAAGUAUAACAAAAAACAAGAAGAACCAGAAAAGAAUCUGGACCCAGCAAAGGACAGGCCCAAAAAUUCCAGAUAUGGAAACUGA